AUGGCUGUCAAGCAAUCUCUUCGGGAGUACGGGAGAACCAAGUUACUGAAAGCAGCCGAAGCGAGAUCGAGCAUCAGGCGCUGCAAACGAGAUCUCAGCGACCAGAAAGCUGUGAUGUCCGCUCUCUUGGACAAAGAUGGAAGCUUGGACAAUAUCACUGUGGAUUUGCUGCGCUCUCGAAGUACCGCUCUUCACACCCUUCUUGCGGAACACUUCAACCACUACCUCAAAUUGAAAAGGUUUCCAGAGCAGCGGAAAGAACCGAAAACCAUUCUUCUUUUUCAAGAAAGAUCGGCGAGAGGCAUCCACAACUACCGUCCCAUCAGCCUACUAUCGGUGGUAUACAAGUCAUUCACGAUAGUUCUGCUCCAUCGCAUGGAAAGCAUCUUGGACGAACACCACUCAGUAGAGCAAUCUGGAUUCAGGAGAAACUUCUCGUGCAUGCAUAAUAUCCAAGCAGUCGGUCAGCUUAUUGAGAGAAGCCGGGAAUAUCGUCUUCCUUCGGCCCUUCUCUUCGUGGACUACAAGAAGGCGUCCGACUCUGUAGCGAUCAACGCUGUUUUAAAUGUUCUUAUGCAAGCUGGAGUUGAUCCCGACUACGUCCACCUGUUCGAACAGUGCCUCUCGAACACAUCAACAUUCAUCCAGCUGUUCGACCCAAAGCUGAAGAUUCCAGUUGGAAAGGGGGUGCGACAAGGAGAUACCAUAUUCCCAAAGUUUUUCACGGCUGCGUUAUAA